ACUUUGUGGCUGUGGUAACGCGCCUCGAUAGCCCAGAACAACAAGAACAAUAAUGAUUGUUCACUCACUGGCAUAAGGGCAUGUGUGCAUAGUUAACUGAUUGAUUCUUGAUGAACAUUUUAAAAUUAUUACUCUUGUCACCCCAAGUACUGGUAGGUCUACUUUACUGACUCAUAACAACAAUUGGCCACUUAACGGCGCAUACCAGGAAAAACUAUGAGUUUGAAAGAUAAUUAAUAAUAAUUGUUUGUUUUCAGAAACGGAUACUGUUUUAGCCUAAACAGCUCAGUAUUUGCUCCACUUUCCAGAAAGCCGGUGGAUUUAUUUGAAAGGGCAGCGGGCGCUUUCCAUGGUGCUGAAUGGCUGUUAAAAUACAGUGUUCCUUUGAAAGUGUUUCAGAAUUCCUACAAGCAACCCGCGAAAUGUUGUCCAGCAGCGCUCGAAACUUCGCUUAUCUUCUCGCUCACCGCACACGCUCAAAAGGUGGGGUUUGUUAGUGCGUUGCUUGAGACGCCGGCUGCCUGUGGCUAUUGGAAAAAAAGGCUUCUGAAAUCCCAGUCUCACCAUUGGCAAUGCAAAAGCAGGAGGGGCCGGAACAAGGACAAGAGCGCAGUUCACCUGUGUUUCGGGAGGUAGCCUAGCAGUGUGGUUUCUGCUCUACAGAGAGAAGACGCAAUUCGAACCGUUCAUUGUGACAUGAGAAAAGUGUCGCUAGCCAUGAUUUCAACGUGCAGGUGAAACCGGAGAAGAUGUUUUUUAUUUCAGUCCCACUGCACAACUUCUAAAACAAAAACCAAUAAUUAAUCUUGUUUAUCGUCCGCGAGCGCUCAAAUAUUUCGCGCCACUCUCUCAGACGUCACACUUUCUCAAAAACUAUAAACUGUUUGGAGUGAAAACAAUGUCCCGCAAAAAGGCGGGUAAGGGCAAAAACGCCAACAGCAGCCCGACGACAGGCAUCCCCACCGGAAACCAGAAGGGGGAAACUGGGAAGAGCACCGCAGGGACGGGGAGCGUGGUGCAGGCGAACGGUAUGGUUCAUCCGAGCAGACCCUCACUCAGCAACAGCAGCGAGUUUUAUGACAUCGCAUUCAAGGUGAUGCUGGUGGGAGACUCCGGGGUGGGGAAGACCUGUCUGCUGGUGCGCUUCAAAGACGGAGCCUUCCUGGCAGGAAGCUUCAUCUCUACUGUGGGCAUCGACUUCAGGGACGGGCAGGUGUAGAGAAAUGUACCCAGGGACCCAGUAUGUUGAUGGGCAUGGAGAUUGUGGGCAUCGUCCUGGGAGUAAUGGGAUUAAUCACCACCAUUGUAGUGUGUGCACUCCCCACCUGGAUGGAGACAACCUUCACAGUAGCUAACUUUGUCACCACGGAGGAGGUCUGGGACGGCCUGUGGAUGAGCUGUGUGAAAAGGAGCACAAGCCACAUUCAGUGUGAGGUCUACGACUCCAUGCCAAGCUCCGCAUGGAGCUCCAACCUGCAGGCCACCAGAGCCAUGACCAUCAUGGCUAUUAUCCUGGGGUUUCUGGGAGUCAUGGUCUCCAUGGUCGGGCACAAGACCACCAACUACAUUAAGUUGAUCAUUCUAACAGGAAUAUUCUUCAUCCUGGCCGGAUUUCUCAUCCUCAUUCCUGUCUCCUGGAAGGCCAGGACAAUCCUCAUCGACUCCUCCAAUGAGUUGACUGGAGAGAAGAGGGAACUGGGGGGAGCGCUCUACUUCGGCUGGGGGGCUGCAGCCUUUCUCCUGAUUGGAGGGGCCAUACUUAGCAGAACUCUGUAUACAAGUGGAACAGAGGUCGCGGCCAUCACCACGGGGGUCAUAGGAUGGAUAAUCUCCAUGGUGACCUGGGCAUGUGCUUUAGGAAUGUUAGACCUUCUGCAGUACAGAAUGAAACUGAUUUUAUCCUUCUUCUCCUUUAUGCUCGGGCUGAUAUUAUUUUUAGGGCUGAUAUUCUUCCUCUACAGAUGCACUAACUGCAACAAGAGGAAUCCGUCUGAAGCCGAAGUGAUUAACUUUAUUGGACUAUUGUUCAUCAUGGCUGGUUUAACCCAGCUGAUCUUUACCUCCUUUGUUGCCUUCGACUUGACACAAAACUUGAACCCUGACAACUUCCUGCAGAGUAAUGGCCUUAUGUUUUCAGCUGAACCCAUUAGGUGGGCUGCUUCAAUGCUUCUAAUAGGAGGGACUAUACUCUGCUGCUGCUGCUGCUUUAAACAAGAAAAGCCUGAGUUGAUCAUUGACUCUAUUGGCCUAAACCGUAUCUUACAUGUUGGUGAAUCUGAGAGCAGCAAAUAGUUGUAAGCAAUUAGAUGAUUGGUGAUGGAUACGCUUCAUGGUCUGGACCCACACUGGACCCUGCAGGGUAAGAUUGCCCACCAAUUGUCAAAACACUUGAAAGGUAAAUGUAAGCAUGUUGUAUAGGGUGACUGAGGUGGGAUGUUUUAUAGGUGGUGGAACUGACACCAAUCAAUUGUUUUUCCAUUAUUAUGAAUAAUAAAUGUUGUUAUUAUUCAACUCCU